AUGAGGAUGAAGUUCUCAUCAAUAUGUCUCGUAGCGCCUGCGCUGGUGGCGCUCGGUGCUUGCGACGGUGGACUCGUGCAGGGCGCGUCAGCUGGAGAGAUCCCCCAACCUCCAAGCGUCCUCCAAAGGACCAUGGAUAGCGUAUGCCUACAGGAAUUUUCUCGUGCCUGCCUACAAAAUCCUCACUUCUGCGUCGGUGCGGUGGCCCGCCGCGAUGUUGGCAAUACUGCUGCUGACGGGGAGGCCUGGCGAUGCUAUUCAGUCGAGGAGUUAGACUUUUCUCUGACGAAGAGGACCUGUGUGGACGACUGUGGCGAGCUCAUUGAGUGCCAGGGAGGUGUCAAGGAUACAUCACUGGAGCAUCUCAGUGCAACGGACAAGCUUGAGGGCCGGCUUCAGGAAGCCCAGGAAGGGAUGUGCAAAAUUCAUGUACGGAUAUUGGGGGGUGGAACCUCUUUGGCCUCCUGUCGGGGGUCCAACGCCCCCCCUGCUGCAUUUAUGACCCCCCAGGGCUCCUACUUUUCCGCUUUCUUUCCCGGUAAAGUGGAUGCAUCGGGUGUACGUACACACCAACAUGCAGCACUCCAUAUUGCAAAUCCGCGCACAUCCCAGGACCCCAAGUCGUCGGUGCAACCAGCUGCGUUGGAUCGUGUCUCGGAGGUUCCUUCUCUCGCCUCCGCUGUCACUGCCUUUCAGUUGGCUGCACACAACCCUCGAGUAUCUGGCGCUCAGAGCAGCGCUGCUGUUUCAGGCGGAACUGCAGCACAAGCAGCUCGCCAAGUAGCUGCAGAUACGUCGCAAGAUAACAGCACGUCUUCCAUAUUCCACGAGGACGGCCUGGGUGGCCUUGUGCGUGGCAGCGUUCGGGGGAACCUGCGAAAUAGACGGGAGAACGUGUCGCCCGUAGUGGCACAGAUGCUGUAUGAGGAUAUGUUGCUUGGCCGUUACGUAGAGGACGCAUGCGCUCGGCUGUACUACCGGGGGAAGACUGCAGGGUUCGUUCACCUAUACACUGGACAGGAGGCUGUGAGCAGCGGUGUGCUUAAGUUGCUGCGCAAAGACGAUGCAGUUGCAUCCACCUACAGAGAUCACGUGCAUGCAACCAGCAAGGGAGUGCCAGCCCGUGAGGUCUUUGCAGAGCUCUUCGGUAAGCAGACAGGUUGCUCCAAGGGUUUCGGCGGCUCUAUGCACAUGUUUUCCAAAGAGUGGAAUCUCUAUGGAGGAUUCGCAUUCAUAGGAGAACAGAUACCUGUGGCACUCGGGGUCGCCUUCAGCCAGCUGUACAGACGCCUCGCCGAGCGCCAGCUACCAGGAGAGAAGGACCAGGUUACCGUCUGCUUUAUGGGAGACGGGACCACCAACAUGGGGCAAUUCUAUGAAGCUAUGAACAUGGCGGCGCUUAUGAAGCUGCCCGUGAUCUUCGUCGUAGAGAACAACAAUUGGGCCAUAGGCAUGGCUGCGCAGCGUAGCACGGCGGUGCAGGAGAUUCACCAGCGGGGGCCCCCCUUCGGCGUCCCCAGUAUUGAGGUCGACGGCAUGGACGUCCUGGCUGUGCGUGCAGCUGCACGCCAAGCCAUAGAUAGAGCUCGAAGGGGGGAGGGACCAUCCCUCAUAGAAGCUCUUACGUACAGAUUCAGAGGCCAUUCGUUGGCAGACCCCGACGAGCUCCGCUGCACCCACGAGAAGGCGGCAUUUGCAGUAAGGGAUCCAAUAAAGCACUUUGAGCAGUACAUGCUGGAGAUGGGAUACGCCAACGAAGAAACUCUGGAACUGACACGCAAAAAGAUGCGAGAAAUCGUGGAUGAAGCCGUGGAGUUCGCAGACAAUUCUCCUGCACCGGACCCUACAACUGCCGGUGACACAACGUUUGCCCCGGCCUACGAGGCCAAAGGCUUCGAUCCUUUAACUGAUGAGGAGCUGGCGGCGUAUGCGCAAGCCCUGAAGUUAGAGUUGGAUCGGGAGGCGCGUAAGGCGAAGGGAGAGCGUGUGGUGCCGCCUCCAGUUGAAAAUGAUCCCAACCCCCCCAUUGUCAUCGACUAA